AUGGAGCAGACAAAUGUUAGCGUGACAACCUAUUUAAUUAUUUCUGGGAUUUCGGAUAGCCCUACAAUACGCUUGAUUAUCUUUAUUGUUGCUCUACUCAUUUAUUUACUUACUCUUGGUGGUAAUCUAACUGUUCUCCUAUUGAUUGCCACUGAUCACCAACUUCACACUCCCAUGUACUUCUUCUUGGCCAAUUUAUCGGUUUUGGACAUUUCCUGUUCCACUAUCACCCUACAUAAAAUCCUGUUAUCUUUUAUGACCGGUAAUAAGUUUGUUUCAGUUGGUGGUUGCAUGGUUCAGAUUUUUAUAUUUUUUUCUAUGUCUUGCAAUGAGUUGUUGAUUUUGACAGCCAUGAGUUAUGAUCGAUAUGUAGCCAUUUGCAACCCUUUGAAUUACCAUAUGAUAAUGAACCGUAAAAUCUGUGCACUGUUGUCUGCUCUAUGUUGGGUUUUGAGUUCCUUAGAAAACCUUCCAACUUUUUUAGCAUUCUACAAGUUAAGCUGCUAUAAAUCAAAUAUAAUUAACCAUUUCUUCUGUGAUGCUGUGCCGGUGAUUAAACUGACCUGCAGCGACACCACAUUUCUAGAGUUGUAUAUGCUCUCUGUUGGGGGCUUUAUUGCUGGUAUGCCUCGAUUUGUUUUGACAUUCAUAUCAUACGUUUUCAUUAUCUCUGUUAUACUUAAGAUCCCGUCCAGCAUUGGAAGACACAAAGCCUUCUACACGUGCUCCUCACACAUUACGGUGGUCAUACUCUUUUACACUACACUCGUCUUUCAAUACUUGAGACCAUAUUCGCUGGCAAACUUAGAUUCCAAUAAAGUGUCCUCCCUAUUUAAUACCGCUCUAGUUCCCAUGUUGAAUCCACUAAUUUAUAGUCUAAAGAAUAAGGAUGUGACUAGAGCUUUAAAAGAGCGUUUUUUUAAAUUUUCUCAAAAUUAA